AUGGCUUCGAUCCCUAUUGGCGACACCGAGGUGUCGUUUCCCUUUAAUCCGUAUCCGGCGCAGGUGGAGUACAUGCGGGCUGUGAUCGACAGCCUUAACGCCGGUUGUAACGCACUGCUGGAGUCCCCGACAGGGACGGGGAAGACGUUGUGUCUCCUCUGUGCUACACUCGCCUGGCUGGAGCGGAGGCGUGCGAAUGACAUACAGAGAGACAUCGCUGAGCAGACAAGCAUGACUCGUGUGUUGUACUGUAGUCGCACACACGCCCAACUGAGCCAAGUCAUCCGCGAGUUGAAGCGAACGCGGUAUGGCACUGUCUUCUCGAUGGCUGUCCUGGGAUCCAGGGAACACAUGUGUGUGAACUCUCAGGUGCUGCGCCUUCCGAAUGCACAGGCGCAACAGAGUAUGUGCAACAUGCUUCGAGAGGAGAAGAACUGCCGUUUUUACCGAGGGUUUCAGGCCCGCAGUAGCCACAAUGCGAGUGCACUCAAAGAACCCUGGGUGCAUGACAUGGAGGACUUGGUGAAAGAGGGUCGAAAAUGUGGAUUCUGUCCAUACUAUUCGGAGAGAGAGCAAGCAAAGGAAGCAGAUCUUGUGUUUCUUCCCUAUAACUACGUGUUUGACUUGUCGCUUCGCAAGCAGUUACCAUUCGGAAUGAAAGGAGUCAUUUUGAUUACGGAUGAGGCACAUAACUUGCCUUCGGUUCUGGGCUCCUCCGCCUGUAUGAAUCUGCAGCCACUUGACCUAACAAAUGCCAUUCAUGAUUGCGCAAGGGCCGUUGCAAUGCAGAGACUUGUCGUGGAAUCUGAAGCAGAAGGGGAUGCUCAAGACGGCAUAAUGACAGAACAGGAGUUUGCCUCGCUGAAAAUCAUUCUCUGCGGGUUGGAGACUUGUAUCGCUGAGGAAAAGGAUGAAGAAAAAACAAAUGAAGAGGGAACACUGAAAAGCGGGAAGGCGAAACCAGUAAAUAGACACAACGCCACAGGACCUCUGGAUACUGUUGAAAUUGUGCGUGAAGGUUCCCACAUGAUCCCCUUCUUGGCAAAGGCACUCAUCACAAGGGAGUUGUUUGCUGGCAAUGGUCGUCAAGGGGGCGGAAUGAACGACGUCAUAACCAAGGCGAUUGCUGUCCUCGCACAGAGCGAGUGUGCGGCGACAGGACUCUCAAAAGUGCAGCAAUUCCUCUCGUUUGUCUUUGAGCGAGGCGAGGACAGUGACGACGAGGCGUAUCGCUUUGUUGUACAAGGGAGCAAAGGUACUGAUGGACAAUCAACCCGACGCUCGCUUGGGUACUGGUCUCUCGAUGCGUCGCAUACGUUGCAGGAACUCACGAGUGGCCUUCGGUCACUGCUGCUCACCAGCGGAACGCUGUCACCACUCGACCACUUCGCCGCAGAACUCGGGGUGCCGUUUGAGAUUUCUCUAAAAGGGAGCCAUGUCAUUCAGCCGAACCAAGUGGUUGGGUGCGUUUUGUGCAAGGGACCUGGCGGAGAGAGACUGAACGGCAGCUAUGCUUUUCGUAGCAGUGUUGACUACAGAGUGGGCUUGGGCAUGUCGCUUGUGAACAUCGCGCGGAACACGCCAGGCGGUGUGCUUGUCUUUUUCCCAAGCUACGUCGCACUGAACACGGCAGUGGAGUUGUGGCGGGCCGGUAGCGGCCGCCCCGGCGACACUGUGACGGUGUGGGGAAUGCUGGCGGAGCUGAAGCCGGUCUUCGUUGAACCAGCGGAGACAGCAGACCUGCAGCCGAUUGUGUUGAGUUUUCAGCGCGAGGUUGACAGCGAUCCGUCGCGCGGCGCGGUGCUGCUGGCGGUUUGUCGUGGCAAAAUUAGCGAGGGCAUCGACUUUGCCGACCACCACGGCCGGUGUGUCGUGGUGGCCGGCAUCCCGUUCGCCAACCAUACCGAUCUGUUCGUGCGCCUCAAGAGGGAGUACAUCACGCGCGUGGCGGCGCAUCGACCUAAAGUGCGCGGCCGGCUCUUCACUGGUGAUGACUGGUACCUCAACGAGGCGAUGCGCUCUGUCAACCAGUGCGUUGGCCGCGUCAUCCGUCACAAGGAUGACUAUGGAGCUGUUGUGCUGGCGGACGAACGCUUUUCUGACCGAAUGGAUGGACUGUCGGAGUGGGUGGCGAUGCGGUGCUUCGUUCAUCGGGAGUUCCGUGAGACGUACGCGUGUAUCGCGCAGUUCUUUGCGCCCUUUCGACGCCGAACCAGAGACGGGUUUCGUCCCUCUUCGUCGUCUCCCUCUGCAUUCGGCAGUGCCACUCCCGGUAUGAAUGAGGACGAGCCUGUGGUUGCCAAGGUGCAGCAGAUUCCUGAAUCGGCAGAGAUGGCAAAGCAAUUCGCAGUUGAGCAGUUGCGUCAGGACGCCGCUGAGAAGGAGGCUCAGAUGCGCAAGUGCAUCGCCGAAGCGAAGGAGGUGCCCACCCUUGCAGGACAUUCGACGGACAUUGAAGGAGGCGGCGGUACAGGGCUGUCGACAACAACACCGGCAUCGGGAGCAGCAGUGACCGUGACAGCAGCACUAACAGCAGCGACAGCGGUUCGUCCAGCGUUCAAGAAGCAGGUGCUGCCCACAUUGCCACAGCCCGAUCCAACGCCUGCGUCAAGUCCGUUGGUUGGGCCGACCUCGAAGGAGUUCUGCCAUUUUCUUAAGCAAAAGCUACAGCCUGCGAGCUACGACCGAUUUCGUGAGACGCUGAAGCAGAUCGCCUCCAUUCGCAGUUCUUCUGGCCUCUCCGCUGAUGAGGCAAAAAGGGCGCUCAGCAGUGCUGUUGAGGAUGUCGCAGUGCUAUUCAGUGAGGCUGCAGGUGACCGCGCCGGGGAGCUGUUGCAGGCGUUUGGUCAACAUAUCCCUGAAGAGUUUCGUCCGUACUACAGCCAUUUGUUGCGUAAACGUCGCCGGACGGCAUGA